AUGGAAAUUGAUGUAGGUUUUGUUUCAAAGUUAGCCACCAUGCUUGAUUUUAUAUUAAUUCUCAUUUUUUGUAUUUGGUCCAUUAUUCUUGGGUUCAAAUCGGAUAAUUUUAAGUUAAACUCAAUUAUGACCAAUAUAAAUUUGAUGUAUUAUAUACAGGUAAUUAGGAUUGUGAAUGCAGUACUAUUGUUAGGUGAAACAAAAAGAGUAGUAAUAGUUGAAAAGUUUUAUUUUGCAUGCAAUUAAUUUGGAAGAGGCCUAUUUUGCUUAUUGUAUGGAAUAUUAAUUUUUUAGUAUAGCGUUAUGGUUAUUUGCAGAAAAUAAUAAAACUGCUAAACAUACAAAUAUGCAUGACUUUGGAUUAUCAGUUGCAAUCUGUACUACUGUAAUUGGAGUUUUGUAUAUCAUAUAGCAUUUUUUAGUAUUUGUAGAAUUUAAUCAUUUUAGUUUGACAAAAGAUAAUUCAUAAUAACAAAUUGAUUAAUGGUUUUAAGAUAAUUUAAGAAAUAUGAUAUUAUCAUUUCAUUUUUCUGAGAUUAUAUCUAUUUUGAGUAUACCUAUGAAUAUUUUAAACAAAAUUAGAAAAUUUUCCAUAAUAAGAUUUAAUUUUUGA